ACUAACACAAGCGGCGCACCUAAAAAAAACAACAUAAAAUUAAAAAAAAUUUAAAACAAAAAUGUUUUAAGAAAAAAAAUUGUUUAAUAAUUGUUAUAAGUGAAGAAAAUUUUAAAAAGAAAAACUAUAAACUAACAUUUGAGAAAUAGUUUAUGUUAAAGAGAGCACUCAGUUAUGGGAGCGGUGAACGCGGGAAUAUCGAACAAAAAUUAAUUAAAAUUAUUUCAUAAGCAAUUUUGAGUGCAAUUUUGUGCCAAUCGGAAAAGCAUUUAAAAACCAAAAAAAUUAAUUAAAAAUAAUUGCGAAGGAAAUUAAAAAAUUUUAAAUAAAAACAAAGCCAUAAGAUUCUAUACGAAAAACGUGUACACAAUAUACAAUCGCCUCAAUGAGUCUGAAGAUGCCAACAGUUCUAUUGAUAUUUCUCCUAAUGAUCAUCAGUUUAAUCCAGACAGUCAUCGGCAUUAAUUGCUAUAGUUGCGAAUCUGUAUAUGAGUCCGAAUCAUGCGGUGAAAAUUUUGAACCAGAAAACUAUUUUAAAAUGGAUUGCUCGCGUGUAUCACCACCGCGGUAUAUGGAACUCGAGUUGGAAUCACGGAAUUCGACAGCAUGUAUGAAAAGAGUUUAUAAAGAGCAUGGCGUUCAGAAAACAGUACGCAGCUGUUUCUUUGGUGACGUCAACGACACCGCUAUGGGUUGCAGAUUGGAUCCGAUGUUGACGUCUGUGGAAGAGAUCUCCUGUCAUGUCUGUGAUAAUGAAAACUAUUGCAAUCGUGCCAAGGAACUGCAUCAGCACCCAGCCAUACUUGCGGCAACGCUGGCGAGUUUCAUUUUCUUCGCAAAAAUUUUAAAUACAAAAUCGGAUUAAAAUUUAGAAUUAUUCUGAACUAAUGCUGUGAAAUGUACAUUUGCCCAUCCUGUACAAAAAUAUUGAAAGAAAUGCACUAUACAGACCUUCCAUAAAUUAUACAAAAAAAAAAAACAAAAAUAUAUAUAUAUGUUUUCUUUGAAAACAGGGCGAAUAAACUAACAUUAACAAUUUAUUCUGAAUAAAGCAAUUAGUAAAUUAAG